CAAAACAAUUUACCGCCAAAAAUACUUAAACUGUGGUAAAUUUUUCGCAAGUUUCAAUUUUCAGGAAAUUUAUAAUAAAAUUUAUUGCUAGAAACUAUGGAGGAAGGCGGCGGAAGCAGGGCAAAAGUGCUUCAAAACACUGGCAAAUUUAACGCAGAUAAGCGUGCAGAGGGCGAUGACUUCUUCAAUGAGGCUGGAUACCGGCAGUCGCGUGAAAACGACAAAAUUGACUCAAAAUAUGGCUUCGACCGGGUAAAGGAUAGCAUAGAACGAACUGGAUACCUUAUAAAUAUGCACUCGACUGAGAUAUUAGACGAAGAUCGCCGGUUAGUUGCUGCUUUAGAUCUAUUUUUCAUACAAAUGGAUGGAACACGUUUCAAAUGUACUGUCGCUUACAAACCAUACUUCUUGAUACGACCGGAAGAGAAACAAUCGCAUGAGGUGGCACGUUUUCUGAGUCGCAAGUACCCCGGCCAAUUGGCAAAUGUUGAACAUAUAAGUAAAGAAGAUCUUGAUUUACCAAAUCAUUUGAUUGGCAAGAAACAACAUUUUCUGAAGCUGUCGUUUCUUAACCAGACCGCCAUGACAAAAGUGCGACGCGAGCUAAAUGCAGCGGUGCGGCGAAAUGUGGAACGAGAAAAAAACAAUACCUUUUAUAUGCAAAUGCUGUCAUCCUCGUUGGCGGCAUCUAAUGUCGGUGGCGAUGGCGAAGUUAAGAAGCAAAUGGAUUACAUGGAUCUCAUAUUAGACAUACGAGAGCACGAUGUGCCUUAUCAUGUGCGUGUGUCGAUUGAUUUGAGCAUAUUUUGCGGACAAUGGUACAAUAUACGCUGUCGCAGUGGUGGUUUAGAAUUGCCAAUAAUAAUGCCUCGCUCGGAUCUGCUCGAGCGACCUGAGCCAGUCGUUUUGGCUUUUGAUAUUGAAACAACUAAAUUGCCACUCAAAUUUCCCGAUGCACAAACGGAUCAGAUUAUGAUGAUUUCAUAUAUGAUUGAUGGUCAGGGCUACCUUAUAACAAAUCGUGAAAUAAUAUCAACGGACGUAGAUGAUUUCGAGUACACACCAAAACCAGAGUUUGAAGGAAAUUUUAUUGUGUUUAAUGAAGAGAAUGAGAUGCAUUUGAUACAGAAAUUCUUCGAUCAUAUAAUGGAGGUGCGGCCACAUAUUGUCGUGACAUAUAACGGGGACUUCUUCGAUUGGCCAUUUGUUGAAACACGUGCUGCAGUUUACGAUUUGGAUAUGAAACAGGAAAUCGGGUUUUCCAAGUUAAGAGAUGGGUUCUAUUUGAGCAGGCCGUCUAUACAUAUGGAUUGUCUAUGUUGGGUAAAACGUGAUUCUUAUCUACCGGUUGGUUCUCAAGGUCUCAAAGCGGUUGCAAAAGCUAAAUUGCGAUACGAUCCAGUUGAAUUGGAUCCAGAAGAAAUGUGUCGCAUGGCUGUUGAACAACCGCAAGUUCUGUCCAACUACUCCGUUUCCGAUGCGGUGGCCACCUACUAUUUGUAUAUGAAAUACGUGCAUCCCUUUAUUUUUGCGCUUAAUACUAUCAUUCCCAUGGAACCCGAUGAGAUUUUACGCAAAGGUUCGGGCACGCUUUGUGAAACCUUACUUAUGGUACAGGCGUAUCGAGCGAACAUUGUCUAUCCUAACAAACAGCAAAACGAGCUAAACAAACUAUCGAACGAAGGGCAUGUAUUGGACUCUGAGACAUACGUUGGUGGCCACGUAGAAGCUCUUGAAUCGGGUGUAUUUCGUGCCGAUAUACCAUGUCGCUUCCGCCUCGAUCCAAAUAUGGUCAAUCAAUUAAAGGAUAAUGUGACAAAAGUGUUGGUGCAUGCAAUUGAGGUGGAAGAAGGUGUGCCGACUGAUAAAGUAACGAAUUUGGAAGAGAUAAAUAAGGAAAUAACACAGGCAUUACAAGGUCUGCAUGAUAUUCCCAAUCGUUUGGAACAGCCCGUAAUUUACCAUUUAGAUGUUGGUGCUAUGUAUCCCAAUAUUAUUUUAACGAACCGCCUGCAACCUUCCGCCAUGGUGAGCGAGACUGAUUGUGCGGCAUGCGAUUUUAAUAAGCCAGGUGCCAAAUGUAAGCGCGUCAUGGAUUGGUUGUGGCGUGGAGAGAUGUUACCCGCGUCAAGAAAUGAAUUUCAACGCAUACAACAACAAUUGGAGACGGAAAAGUUUCCACCGCUCUUUCCCGGAGGACCGAACCGCGCAUUCCAUGAAUUAUCGCGCGAAGACCAGGCUGCUUACGAAAAGAAACGUUUGACCGAUUAUUGUCGCAAGGCUUACAAGAAGACAAAGAUCACAAAAUUGGAAACACGCACCUCCACCGUUUGUGAGAAGGAGAAUAGUUUCUAUGUGGACACAGUGCGCGCCUUUCGCGAUCGUCGUUAUGAGUACAAGGGUCUCACAAAGGUGGCUAAGGCGGCCGUUAAUGCAGCACUUGCCUCUGGCGACGCAACGGAAAUUAAAUCAGCAAAGGGCAGGGAGGUGCUUUAUGACUCGUUGCAGCUGGCGCAUAAGUGCAUUUUGAACUCCUUCUACGGCUAUGUGAUGCGUCGCGGCGCUCGUUGGCAUUCCAUGCCUAUGGCCGGAAUUGUCUGUUAUACUGGCUCAAAUAUAAUCACAAAAGCUCGCGAGAUAAUCGAGCGUGUCGGACGUCCUUUAGAAUUGGAUACAGAUGGUAUUUGGUGUAUAUUGCCAGGCUCAUUCCCACAAGAGUUUACGGUGCAUACAACACAUGAGAAGAAAAAGAAAUUCAACAUCUCGUACCCCAAUGCAGUACUGAACACGAUGGUGAAAGAGUAUUUCACCAAUGAUCAGUACCAUGAACUGGUCAAACCUGCUCAGGAUGGUAAACUACCCGAUUACAAGAUACGAGAUGAAAACUCAAUCUUCUUCGAAGUGGAUGGCCCCUAUUUGGCGAUGGUGUUGCCUGCAGCUAAAGAAGAGGGCAAGAAAUUAAAGAAACGUUAUGCGGUAUUCAAUUUCGAUGGUUCACUAGCUGAGUUAAAAGGAUUUGAGGUGAAACGUCGCGGUGAAUUGCAGUUAAUUAAGAAUUUUCAAAGUUCGGUAUUCGAGGCAUUCUUGGCGGGCAACACUUUGGAGGAAUGUUAUGCUUCUGUGGCCAAAGUCGCUGAUUAUUGGCUAGAUGUGCUUUAUAGCCGAGGAUCGAAUCUGCCAGAUUCGGAGCUUUUUGAUUUGAUCGCUGAAAACAAAUCCAUGUCCAAGAAACUUGAGGAUUAUGGCGAGCAGAAGAGUACUUCAAUUUCCACAGCGAAGCGUUUAGCUGAGUUCUUGGGCGAUCAAAUAGUCAAAGAUGCAGGUCUGGCAUGCAAAUACAUCAUUUCGAAAAAACCUGAAGGUGCGCCGGUUACGGAGCGCGCCAUUCCGCUGGCUAUUUUCCAGUCCGAACCCAAUGUGCGUCGAUACCAUCUGCGUCGUUGGCUGAAGGACAAUACCAUGGGCGACGCAGAUAUACGCGAUGUGCUCGAUUGGAAUUACUACAUUGAACGUUUAGGGGGCACUAUACAAAAAAUCAUCACCAUACCAGCAGCGCUGCAAGGUCUCUCAAAUCCUGUGCCGCGUGUGCAGCAUCCAGAUUGGCUUCAUAAAAAAAUACUUGAAAAGAACGACGUGCUCAAGCAACGGCGCAUCAACGAAAUGUUUAUGCCCAAGGCGAAAACUGCGCGUGAAAUACGCGCCACCAGCGAAGUGGCCGAUAUGGAGGAUUUAGUCGCCAGCAACAGAGCAGAGUGUGCGUUGGGCGGUAGACCAGUUGUAACUAAGCGUAAGCGUGUGAACUCUGGAGAAACAGAAGAUGAAGCCAACACCACACCCGAGGCGACAACAUGGCGCCAAGCGCUUGGCGCGCCACCUCCAAUUGGUACAACGCGUGCCGAAAUAAUCGAGUGGGUGCGUUUUCAAAAGAAAAAGUGGGCAUGGCAGCUGGAACGCCGACAGCGCGCGCGUCAAACUAACAAGCGUCCACGCAAUGACGCUACGUCCAAGUUGACGCCACUUAUGCCAAGCGCAAGGGAUGGCGCCACAGCUACCGGCACAAUUGGUGGCUUUUUGAGGCGCGCGCAACGGGCGCUCAUCGAUCAUAUCUGGCAUGUGCUGCAAAUCGUACCCAACGACGAUAUGGGCCAUUUCACCGUGUGGUUAAUGAUUGGCGACGAACUGCAUCGUAUCAAAUUAACGGUACCACGAAUUUUCUAUGUGAAUCAACGCAGCGUUGCGCCACCCGAAGAUGGGCAGCUGUGGAAAAAAGUUAACCGCAUACUACCGCGCGCUCGGCCCGUCUACAAUCUGUAUCGUUACAGCGUGCCGGAACAAGUAUUCAAAGAUAAUUGCCUUGGUAUGUUGGCUGAUCUCGCGACACCGGAUAUUGAAGGAAUUUAUGAGACGCAAAUGUCGUUAGAGUUCCGCGCUCUCAUGGAUAUGGGUUGUAUGUGCAGUGUGCAACGACAGGAGGCGGAACGGUUAGCCUCGUUGGCCACCAAGGACUUGGAGAGUUUCUCGAUUGAGCAACUGGAACAGCGUUUGCAGGGUAACAUAUAUCUCAAGGAUGCCCAAAACAAACUGCGCAAAAUAUUCCUAUAUCAGCACAAUAUACCCACUGCAAAAAAGGAAAUUUGGGGACUAUUUUUGUUGUCCAGCAGAAAGGCGCUGAUAUUCGUACUGGACACAGUGCGCACAAAUCAAAUGCCAAAUAUGCGCACGCUAUAUACAGCCGAACGCUUGGCGCUUAUCAAAACCAUGAAAGACGUGGCGGAAGUAGAGCGUUUACCACCUGAGGAAUUCACGUUUGAUGUGCUCAUCGAAGUGGACGUGAAGCAGAUUUAUCGGCACAUACAGCGCGCGCUUACCACUUACAAGGAGGAGAAACGUGGCCCUUCAAUGCUUUAUGUGCAAACGGCGACGGAAGUCCGUAAACUAAAUUCGGCGAUGCCUAUUUUGCUUGAUUUUCCACAAGCGCGUAUACACAUCACCGACGAUGCAUCGCUUUUGUCGGGUUUGGAUUGGCAACGCCAAGGUUCGCGUGCACUGGUGCGACACUUUUUGCAUCUAAACAAUGUGGUGGAAAUGAUGUUGGACCAGUGCCGCUAUUUCCAGGUACCCAUCGGCAACAUGCCCCCAGACACAGUACUCUUUGGGGCAGAUCUAUUCUUCGCGCGAAUUUUGCAACGCAACAACUUUGUGCUCUGGUGGUCUACUACUACACGCCCCGAUUUGGGUGGGCGUGAAGCCGAUGACAGCCGUUUGCUUGCCGAGUUUGAAGAAAGUAUUACUGUUGUUCAGAAUCGACCCGGUUUUUAUAAUGAUGUGUGUGUCGAGCUUGCGCUGGACAGCUUGGCUGUGAGCUCACUGCUACAGUCGAACCGCAUACAGGAGUUGGAAGGUGCCAGCUCGGCCGUAACUUUCGAUGUGAUACCACAGGCAUCAUUGGAGGAGAUGAUUGGCACCGUGCCAGCCUCAACGCUGCCCAGCUACGAUGAGACCGCGCUCUGCUCGGCUGCCUUCAGGGUUUUGCGUCAUAUGGUCAAUGGUUGGCUGCGCGAAGUAGCUCUAAAUCAGAAUAUUUUCGCAGAUUUUCAAUUGAUACAUUUCUAUCGCUGGGUGCGUUCAUCAAAUGCCCUAUUAUACGACCCGGCUCUGCGUCGUACAUUAAACAAUUUAAUGCGCAAGAUGUUUUUGCGAAUUGUGGCUGAAUUUAAGCGGCUUGGUGCCACAAUCAUUUAUGCCGACUUUAACCGUAUCAUACUCAGCUCAGGCAAGAAGGCGGUGUCGGAUGCUUUGGGUUAUGUGGAGUACGUAGUGCAGAGUCUGCGCAAUAAGGAACUCUUCCACUCCAUACAACUUUCAUAUGAGCAAUGUUGGAGUUUUAUGCUUUGGCUCGAUCAGGCCAACUAUACGGGUAUACGUGGUCAAUUGCCUCCAGGCGUAACUAGCGAUACUGUUUUAUGUGGUGUGGAUGAUGAUGACGAGGAGAGUGAGAAGUCGAAUACGACAUCGAAAAAGAAGAGCAAGGAAAAUGAGGAUGAAGAUGAAGAUGAGGAUGACGUAGAAGAGAUUGGGCGACCUGAGGAAAAUGAUGAGAAUGCCUCCACCACUGGAGAAGGUGAACAGCAACUCUCUUUGGAGCUAAAUUGGACGAUCGGCGAACAUUUGCCCGAUGAGAAUGCGUGUCGAGAAAAAUUCGAAACUUUACUGACAUUAUUUAUGCAAUCGCUGGCCGAAGGUAAGGGCACUAGGCAAGCCAUUAAGGACAUAUCACACCCGGCGUUUGAUUUCGUGUCGAAAUUGCAUAAAAAUUACGGUAAAGGACGACCGAGUCCCGGUUUGGAUUUGACACGAACGCUGGUGAAGGCGUUGAGUGUUGAUAAGGGUUUGGCUGAGGAAGUCAAUGAGUUGCGGCGGAAUAUGUUACGACUCGUAGGCAUGGGCGAAUUCUCCGAUUUGGCAGAAUGGAAAGAUCCAAGUGACACGUACACUAUUGCCGAGGUGAUUUGCAAGGCCUGCAAUCACUGUCGUGACUUGGAUUUGUGCAAAGACAAGCAUCGCGCAAUGAAGGAUGGCAUACCCGUUUGGUUGUGUGCCCAGUGCUUUGUGUCUUACGAGAAUGAAGAAAUCGAGAUGCGCAUUAUAGAUGUCGUACAACGCAAAGCGAUGUCCUAUGUGUUGCAGGAUCUGCGAUGUGUGCGCUGCAAUGAAAUUAAACGUGAAAAUCUCGCUGAAUUCUGCCCCUGUGCCGGUGAGUUUGUGCCACUUAUAAGCGGCCGCGAAAUCAAUGGCCUAUUGCGCACUUUCCGACGUGUGGCGGAAUUUCACAAAAUGCAACUGCUGCAGGAGACGGUGGAGCAGAUAAUUGCAACCAAAUAAAUUAAAGUUAACACACACACACUGUUUUAGAAAUAAUUUAUGCUGUAAGAAUGUUUGACUUGUGACAAAAUAUUAAAGUGUACGGAAGUGUUUUACAA